GUUCGGUAUCAGUGCUCAGGGCAGUUGGUCAGAAGUGCGUCAGAAGCGAUGAACUCACCGGAGGGGAGGGGACUGGAGAGGCGUCGCUUGUCAGACUUAUAGCGCAGAGAGUAUCAGCACUGGGCGGCCAAAGACGGGCGAGUUUAACGCGCAGUGAAGAAUCGUGAGAGGCAGCGCGAGCCAAAGCAUCUUUUCAGGACCUUGGACAGAGCGCGUGCACAAUGGCACCACUGACGACAGAAGAAGCACAUAUAGCGGAGGUUCCUGUGAGCGUGGCGGUGGUGAGUGUGUUUGGCCUGGUCUUCAGCGUCUCCAUCUUUGCAUGGAUUUGCUGUCAGCGCAAAGCCAACAAGGCUAGCAACAAGACUCCACCCUAUAAGUUUGUCCACAUGCUGAAGGGGGUUGACAUCUAUCCUGAGAGUCUGAAUGGAAAGAAGAAUUUCGGAGGAGAAAAGACAUCAGAAGCCAAUGGAAAACAGACCCUCAGUCCCAGCAGUGGACGGCCAGAGCUCCAUCUGGACCUGGAGAAACGAGAUCUUAAUGGGAACUUCACUUCCAAGCCACCAACCCUCCAACUCAAAGUGCGUAGUUCCCCAGACCUGGACAUCCCAUCUCUUCAGGCUGGUUCUGGGCCAGGUGAUAAUCAGGAGGCUAGCACUCCAGAAAGCAUUCUGUCCAGUCAGACACCAACACCGGCUGUGGAGAAAUCUCAGGACAAAGAGGGUGGCCUCGGAACCCUCCACUUUUCGGUUGAGUACAACUUUGAGAAGAAGGCUUUCAUGGUUCACAUUAAGGAGGCACAUGGAUUGUCUCCCACGGAUGAACAAUCAUUGACCUCUGACCCCUAUAUCAAGCUGACCUUGCUGCCUGAGAAGAAGCACAAGGUGAAGACACGUGUUUUGAGGAAGACUCUUGACCCAGUCUUCGACGAGACCUUCAGCUUCUAUGGAAUCCCAUAUGCACGGGUUUCCCAACUGGCUUUGCAUUUCAUGGUGCUGAGUUUUGACCGCUUUUCACGAGAUGAAGUGAUCGGAGAGACCCUCGUUCCUCUGACGGACAUUGACCUGUCUGAGGGGCGCAUCCUCAUGAGUCGAGACAUUAUUAAAAGGAAUGUCAAGAGGAGUGCUGGUCGAGGAGAGCUACUUCUGUCCCUGUGUUAUCAGUCAACCACAAGUACUCUGACUGUGGUGGUACUGAAAGCCCGCCAUCUGCCCAAGACUGACUCCAAUGGACCCUCAGACCCUUAUGUAAAGGUGAACCUGUUCCAGGGGAAGAAGCGAGUGUGUAAGAAGAAGACACACGUGAAAAAGUGCACCCCCAACCCCGUCUUCAACGAGCUCUUCGUUUUCGACCUGCCCUCUGAAGGUGGCCUGCGAGACACCAGCGUGGAGCUCCUCCUGCUGGACUCCGACAGGAUGUCCCGUACACCUGUCAUUGGCCGGCUCCUCCUGGGCACCUCCUCCCCCGGCACCGCUGGCGAGCACUGGCGCGAGAUCUGCGACCACCCGCGGCGACAGAUCGCGAAGUGGCACGCGCUGUCCGAAGACUAGCUCUGAUGGAUGCCCAUGCCCACAGAUGCCCAGGAACUGUAAUCAGAAAUUCAUAGUUGAGUGUGCAGGAUUUGAACUGUGGACUUAAUGCGAGUAAUGUCUUCUGUCAAUCAACUGUUCUCAUACAAGUCAUAUCAUUGGGGCGGGGCUUCUUCUAAAGGGGGAGGCACCAUCUGAACCCUGCCAAUUAAUGAUUCCAAAGACUGUCUCAGAUGCCCGAUGCCGCUUUUUCUUCAUGCUUCAUUCAAAACCUGAUCGAUCACCACUUUGUGCAGUACCGAAUGUCAUGUUGCUAUUGCUGUUCUUCUCUACUCACUGAUAAUAAUAAUCCAUUAUGCGAUAAAAUUAAAGAAAAUCCUGGUAAUGUGAUGAUGAUGUAAAUUAACCGAAUGAUCUGUUUUAUUUUUUAAAAGAUGCUUUUAUCUUAUGUUUAUUCAGAUGUUAAAAUUCAUUUAUUUUCUUCCUUUUAUACUUGAUUUCUCGACUUUGGUUCGUUGUUGUGUUUUUUGCCUGAGGUUUUUGAAUGUUAACAAGGUGUGGAAGCAGCCUAAAUUAGGCACAAACAUGCAGAGACAGAUGUGUUAAUGCAGGACGACUGCACAAACUGACCAGGACCGCAUGCAGCGUGUGUGUGAAUGUGAGCGUGUGUGCAUGUGUCUGUCUGUGUGUCUAUAUAAAUGUGUAUGUGUGUUAGUUCAGUUCCAGUGGAGUAUGAGACAGAAUGUUGUUUUCUUCACUGUGAGCACAACGGUGGAAGUGAUGUAUUUGUGUAUUACUAUAAAACAUCCAAUUCAGAGAAAGAAAUAUAGUAUGUCUCCUAUGUCAAUUAGCUAAUCUUUAUUCAUUACAUCUGAUGGAGCAAUGUCCAUUUUAAUGUUAUUUACUGUGUUAGGAAGUCUGAGUCAGAGGUUUUACGUCACAGUCAAAUCAAUGCUAGUGAUUAGCAUUAGUGAAAAAGAGAGCGAUGAUGUAAUGUACAUACAUGUAAUAUUUUCUCGGGAAACAAGCUGCCAAUCUACUUUUUUUGGUUUGUUUUUAAUAAAUUAAAAUACUUUUAUUCCGCAAGAAUGCAUUAAAGGGAUCACAAUUGGCAGUAAAGACAUUUAUAAUAUUACAAGAGAUUUCUUAGAAUAGAAUCCUGAAAAAAGUUUUAUAAUAAUAUUAAGCAGCACAACCAUUUUCAUUGCUCUGAUUAUAAUAAUAAAUGUUUCUUGAGCACCAAA